CCAUCAUCUCAAAAAGCAAGCACCACCAACUGAGAAAACGAAAAUCAUUCCAGCACCAAAAACCCAUCUGGAGAUCAAUCCCAAUCUCUGUGUUUUUGCCUUCACCCGGCUAUUUCUACUGCCGGUGGCGAAACCCAGUCCCCGCCGGCGCACGUAGAAACAAUGCCGAAGAAGAGCUCCGACGUAGCCCACAGAGCGUGGAACAUCCUGCGCCUCGCCCUGCUCUGGGCCAGAAAGGGUGGCGUGUUUAAGAGACGCCUCGUGAUGGACCUCCGCAUCAUCCCCAAGUUCAUGAAAAGCCUCGGCGGCGGCGCACCCGCCGCAGCCAUCCGCUACGGCGAGCGCCAGCUCUCCUUCGACCGCACUCCCAUCAUCCACGUCAAGAUGCAUCGCCCUGCCUCCAUGCGCUUCCGCAUCCCCUGCAUUAACCCCCCAGCCGAUGCGGAUUGCGAUUUUGAAUUCGAGGACAACUACGGAUGCUACGACGGCCAGGAAGACGGCGGAGUUUACAGGAUCGACGACGGCGAGAAGGUUGAGUUUCUGAGAUGCGGCAGCGAUGUAGGGGAAGAAGAAGAUUUUCUAGGAGAAGAAGAAGAAGAAGAAGAAGAAGAAGAGGAAGAAGAGAUGGUGGUUUCUUGCGAGGAAGAAAGCAAGAGCAUCGAUCUGAAGGCGGAGGAGUUCAUAGCCAGGUUCUACGAGCAGAUGAAGCUGCAGAGACAGAUUUCAUGUCUGCGCUACAAUGAGGUGCUCGUAAGAGAGACACAGGUCAACUGAUCAUGGCUGCAGAUUGCUCUGUUUUUUCUUCUUCUUCUUCAUUUUUUUUUUUUUUUUUUUUUUUUUUUGGCUUCCUUUUCGAGUUCUUUUGCUUCGAACUAGCUUUGGCAGUAUGGCAUUCUUUUCUGUAAAAGAGGCAUUGCGGGAUUGUGUAAAUACCGGAAGCUUCCACUGAGUGUCUUUACAUUCUUGAAAUAAAGCAUCUGCUUUCGAUUUGAUUCA